ACGAACUGUCAGCCACUGUCAGCUUUAAGUUGUAACAGUGGUUUGAAUAGUGAAACUUUUGAUUUUUAAUAAAUAUUUAUCAGAAUUGACAUUCAAUUCUAGUAUCAAUGAAAUGGAGCAAAGAAAGCCAAGGAAUAGAAAAGGGGGUGGCAAGCCUUCGAAGCUGAAAGAUGAGGUCUCAAAAUUCCCAGAACCAGUAAAAGAUUCAGGCAAUAAACCUGACCAAACUCCAGUCAUUAAGAAAUUAAAUCCAGAAGAUUAUGACUAUGUGAAUUCUGACAAAACGCAAUUUGCCCACUUGAAACGAGAAACUCAGCAGGCUGAUAUAUGUAUCAAUGAUCCUACAGCAAAUUCUCGCACUCGUCGUCAAGUUGUGUCCAAUUGGGAAAAAUAUGAGGAAAUACCAGAUGCAGAAAUUCCAGCAAAAGAUUUUCAAACCCUAUUGAAUGUUCCGAUAUCUGAAGGCGGGCAUUUUGUCUUUAAGUCUGAAAAAAAUUGGGCAAUCGAAGUCUCCAAGUAUUCAGAUUUAUUUUCAUUGAAUGUUAAAAAACUUGCCAGAGAUAUUAACUGCAUACCAUUCACUGAAUAUAUUGAUGUAGAAGAUAGAUAUUUCACUGCUGAUCAGCUGACAAAGUUUCAGAAUCUCGCUGAAAAGUCUAGAUCGCAUGCUAUCGAGGUUGACAACAACAUUGUCCAAAUUUUAAUGGAUAUUAAAAGAGAAACUGUUGCUGAACAUAAAGAUAUAGACAGCGAGAUUGAACCUGAAUUAUCAAUUGAAAUUCAUGAGAUGGCUCAAGAAAAGGAAAACAUAGAUGAAGAUUUAGAUUUUCUUCUUUCAUUAAAGGAACCUGUUCAGCUUGACCAGCCUAAAAUUGCUCCGCCUACUUAUCCAAUUAAAACUGAAGAGGAUAAAAUCCCGAAGUCUUCGGUUCCUGUAAAAUCAAUUGAUCUUGACAAAUGGCUGGAUUCAAUUUUGGACAGUUAGUGCCUGUAAUAGAGAAUAAAAGCAAAAUAAAAUGAGUUGUGAUACAUCAUUUUCUUAAAGUUAAACACUACACUGCAAAAUUUUUCAACAUAGUAAAUAAUUACGUGUGAACA